AUGGUCCUGGUCCCUGAAGCAAAGGACCAAAGUAAGGCAGCGAAGGGCAGGAGAAGGGGCCUGGCACGGCCCCCCACAGCCACCCCUGCCCUUGCUUGGGCCCCAGAUGACCCCUAUACCACCAUGGCAGACUACGAGCGCAGUAUCCAGGACAUGGUGCGCCAGCUGAGAAACAGCUCUGAGCCAGGUGACACCAAGUGCCAAGUCAACCUGAGGCUCUGGAGGUCCAACCGGAGGAGCCUGUCCCCCUGGGCCUACAGCAUAAACCACGAUGCAACGCGGAUCCCGGCAGACAUCCCUGAGGCCCGAUGCCUCUGUACUGGUUGCAUCAAUCCCUUCACGAUGCAGGAGGACCGCACCAUGGCCAGCAUUCCCAUCUACAGCCGGUUGCCCGUCCGCCGGCUGCUCUGCCAGGUGCCGGGUGAGGCGGGGCACCAGCCCUCUGGGAAGAAGUGUCACAAGAAGUACCAGAUGGUCAUGGAGACCAUCGCUGUGGGCUGCACCUGCAUCUUCUGA